AUGUUUCUUUUCUUUAUCAGAUUAAUAUUAUCAGCGACAACAACUCAAGUUUCGGAUUUAUAUGUUAAUCAAGUAAAUGGUAGCAAUGCAUACAGCUGGUUUCCUACUCCAGAUACACCUACUCCAGCAGAUUUUAAUUUUUCAAUUGUUAAAUGCGUUUUCGAGUCUAUUUCGAUUACUAGAAGCGGUGUUUAUGGUGGUGUUAUAAUUUCCACUGUUGGAAGAAUGGCUUACAAUUUCAGUGUCUUAAAUUCCACCUUCACCGGCAUUACAGUAACUGGUAGUGGCGCUUAUGGUGGUGCAAUCUACUGCAAGGGCACAUCAACAACGACUACAACUCCAACAAAGUUAAACGUACUUUACAAUAACUUUACUCGUUGCAAUGCCGCCAUAUAUGGAUCCUGUGUCUAUGCACAAAGCCUCACAUUAGUAACAGUUUCAUAUAAUACAUUCAAUGAUACCACAGCGAAUUACGGAGCCGCUGCUUUUAUCAAGAACAUAAAUACAACAGCCAGUUUCAACAAUUGGGGUGCUCUUACAAGUAACCAAGGCUAUAUAUACUACCAGAACAACCCUGAUGUCACCGGUUCAUUCCUUUUAAUUUCCUACUCUUGUUUCUUACAGAAACUCAUUUUAACUUACUCUGCAACUUGGUCAGAGAACAGUCAGAAGCCAACAAUCCAGCUCAACGCUAACACUAUUUACGCUGAUGCCACAAUUGACGAUGUUGUUACUCAAGUUGCUUCUAAUGCUCAGCCGGCAGUUGCAGACAUCAAAUACGGCCAAACAGCCUGCUACAGAAUUAUUUCGGAACCUACACCUACACCUACACCACCAGAGGACCUUACUCCUGAACCAACAGAUGUAGAUUGGACUCCAUACCCAACUCUUACAACAAACAAUGUUACCGUAUUUACACCAACUGCCACAGAGAAAAACAACGCCGUUGUAACAAGCGCAACUCAAAAGAAGAGCAAAGCUGGAUUAAUUGCUGGCUGCGUCAUAGCUGCUUUGAUAGUAUUAAUAGCUAUCAUAAUCCUCAUUGUAUUCUUGUUGAAACGUGAUACACGUACUGCUUACAAUAACGACGGAGAUGAUGCCGGCGUUGAUGGUUUUGCGGUCCAUUAA